UGAGCUCACACAGCUCCCCAAAAACAGCAUCUCUUUGCCUUUGCCGUUUGGUGGCCGAGAAAAUCAGCGAGAAAAUUUCAGAGCGACAGAAAAGAAAAGUAAAGAAAGAGGAAGGAAAAAUGAGCGGAUCGGUGAAGAAGGUUACCGAUGUGGUGUUCAAGGCCGGAAAGAACAUCGACUGGGACGGAAUGGCGAGGCUCAUCGUCUCCGACGAGGCUCGCAGGGAGUUCAAUAACCUUCGUCGUACCUUCGACGAGGUUAACUCGCAGCUCCAAACCAAGUUUAGUCAGGAGCCAGAGCCCAUAGAUUGGGAGUAUUAUAGGAAGGGAAUUGGCUCUCGUUUGGUGGACAUGUACAAGGAGCAUUACGAGAGCAUAGAGAUCCCCAAAUAUGUUGACACAGUGACUCCUCAAUAUAAAACUAAAUUCGAUCAACUAUUAGUUGAGCUUAAAGAAGCCGAGCAGAAGUCUCUCAAGGAGUCAGAGCGUUUAGAGAAGGAAAUAGCUGAUGUACAAGAAAUGAAGGCCAAGAUUAAUACCAUGACAUAUGAUGAGUACUUUGCCAAGCAUCCUGAACUGUUGAAGAAGUAUGAAGAUGAAAUCAGGAACGAUUACUGGGGCUAUUAAAUUGUUCAAAACUUCAGUGUGUAGCAAAACAUCAGAAGCUGGUGUUCCCAUGCUGGUUUAAUAAUAAUUACUGCAGUGAUUUCUUUGUAACUCUGUUCUCUUUUUUAACUUCCAAGUUCUUUAUAUAAACCCAUUUUCGGAGUUACCAUAA